AUGAUUGAAAAGCCCUGGGUAGACAUCGAAAAAGGCCAAGGUUGGAUUCCGCGACGCAGAUUAUCUACGUUGAACCGGAUUCUUUUGUGCGUCCUCAUUAGUCUAUGCAUCUUGACCGCUGUUGUCACGGUCAGAAAGUCUUCAGCCCAUUCCCAUUAUCUCAUGAUGCCUGAUCCCCACGCAAACCAGGAACCUUUCAUUAUUGAUCGCCACGCCCACAAAGCUCGCAGCUCCCAGAGGGUGCCGUAUGAUUCCGGGUACAAUGUUUUGGUUAACGCUGCCAGUGCAAGAUUAAAGAAGUCCGAAAGGUCGGCAGCCGUGCCUGUCAAGAAAAGACCCCUUCUACAGAAAGAAGUAGAGGCAAUUACGCUUGUGUCCAAACUGGUUUUGAUUGUCGAUUCGCUGAACCGCAAUUACGAAAGCCUCGCUAGAAGCUUAUGGAGGGACCCUUUACUAAUGAACCUAAGCAAGCAUCCAUAUAACGAUGCUCUCAAAAACUACAUGGUAGACUACUUCAAGGUCGAGAAGCUGCCCAUUCUGCUUGUGAACGGAAAACCAAUGGUGAGUGGAGACGACUUAAAUGAGGCAAGAUUUGCUCGCAUCAACAGACUCAUCAAGGAGAACUUGGAUUAG